GUGAAUGACUUAUACUAAGGCCACCACACUUGGUAUCUAUUCAGAAAAUGUUAAUAGCAAACAUUUAAAGGCGAAACCGGAGUGCCCUGGGUACCGCCAUAUAGUUGAAAAUUGCCUACUGUGAUUUAGCAGACGAAAUAGACCCCGAGAUCAUAAAUGCGGAUUACCGUUGAAAACCGCGGGGCGCUCAGCGCUGUUGACGCCCGAGCCGGGCGCGCGCGAGCGGAACAUAACAAAGGGAACACGUGAUACGCGUACGUGAGAAGCAUACACAAACACAGUCCGGCACACAUGUUUUGGAACCGCCAUGUUGGACCUUCCUAGUUCCAAACUUCACGCGGCGUUUUCGAUGGAAAUACGGCCGGUAUAAGUGCAACAUAGAAGGGAACGUGUUGCUGUCGCUGCUCAGAUAUAUUUUUUGUCGCACAAGGAAGUGAAACAGUGCCAGACGAGCCACCAGAUUCGGAGAAAUGUUCGUUUGGAUUUGUUUACAACGCUGCCGGCCUUGCUCGGAAACGAACGCUACGUGUUGGUUUGGCAGGAUAUCGGGACGUGGAAAUACCUACAGAUUUAGAAGGAGAGGACAUUGAGUGACAAUGACGUGGCUGGUGGUGAGACGUGUCCUGAUAGUGUUUGUAAUUUUAGCGACAGGAGGAGCAUCAUUGUUCAAUCUUAUGCAGGUCAACACGUCAGGGUGGAACUUCUCUCCUCUUCGCCGGAACUUCUCUGCACCAAAGAUUUAUUCAAAGGUAAUCAGUGUUACGUCAAUAGGAACUUGGCGUGCAUCGAAUCGGAGGAUUAACCUUACCUGGGUCACCAAUCCAAAUUACACUUCUGUCACAAUCGUCAACCCCAAACCUAUGUAUCAGAUAGGGGACAUUCUUUUCAUUGAGGUCGUAGCAAAGGACGGCAACAGACGACGUAAGUUGUAUGGCGGUGAUUACCUCCAAGCAGUUUUACGAGACAAUGCCCAAACCGCCAGUACAAAGGGUAGGGUGCAGGACCACGGGAACGGUCUGUACACUGUUAGUUUUAUUCUCAGUUUCACGGGGAAUGUGAUGCCUCAGGUACAGCUUAUUCACUCCAGCGAAGCAGUGCAACUUCUGAAGGAACUCAGAGAGAUUCCAAACAAGAGGAGGUGGUCUUGUAGGUUCAAAGAUGAAGGCGAAGAUGUGACGACGACUUGUACGAUUCUUCCAAGCCGAACUCUUUCUUCAUCAAGUCAAUGCGACUUCUCGGUGUUAAACACAGGCCGCACUUGGUUUUGCCAAAAACCAAACACAACAACCUGCGACAACAUUAAGAUGUGUAAAUCAGCCAGAGACAUUGUGGAUGAAUUGGUGACUUCUGAAGAACGACAGCUUUUCGAAAGGCCUUUUUGGAACACAGAUUUGGUUACGGAUAUCAAUGGUACAAUCUCUGUUAGAGAAGCUGACGAAAACAGAACUGUGAUGCACUCUUUCCCGUUUUGUAAACCUGGAAUUCCACACAAACACCCCGAGGGAUUCUGGCUCCAUGGCAAAUGGCAUUCGCUUUCUUGUCAGGUUCGGCAGUUCAGCCCGCAGAACGUUACAGAAUGUCUAACUAACCACACAGUGCACGUCAGAGGCGACUCUACUUGUAGACAAUGGGUUGAGCGUCUAGUAAAGUGGAAAGUUGUACAGAGAGGUGCAGGAAACAGCCUUAUCGGCCCGUACACCGCCACCAACCACAGCAGGGGAAUUAUGGUUACAUUUAACUUCCACACUCUUCCUAUCCAAACUGGAAGCUGGUUCCCAUUUCGCAACUUAAGUGAAUCUGGAAUUUCUGUAGAAGUCAGGAGUAUGGCCGGUGGUCCUAACGUUGUGCUUGUGUUGAGCUUGUGUGCACAUUUCGUAGCCGAACCCAAACACGUCUACAGUUCCCGCAUGAUCGAGGUGAAGUUGGCGAUACAAGAGCUUCACAGGAAGUAUCCCAAGACCAAAGUUAUCGUAAAGACGUGCAACACACGGAGCCAUCGUAGCUACAGGUCAGUCGUCCAGCAGUCAGACUGGCUGGCACAACAAAUAGACCAUGAAAUGAGGAGCAUUCUCGGAGAUUUGAACGUCGCCAUUUUAGACGUGUGGGAUAUGACAGUUAGCCAGUGGUAUCCUCACAAUAUACAUCCGAAUCAGCAUGUGCAAGACAACGAAUUGAACAUUCUUAUGUCUUACAUAUGUCCCGAAAUGUUGACAAAUAUUGAACAGUAGCUGUAACCACCAAUCAACAUGUUUGGAAAGACGUCACCGCUACCUAAAUUUCAACAUGGCGUUAUCUGAUCCGCAGCAUUAUUGAAAAUCGUUCCAACAAUACGAUGAAUCAUUUACAUGUAGUUUAAUUACCAACUGUGCUAGUAAAAAAUCUGAGAUCAUGUUGCGUAUUUCUAAACCCUUAUAUUUGUUUAAGACAAUCUAAAACAAGACUUGCUUUGGGGAAGAAACAAACUAGAUAUGCAUAAUAAUUUUGCUUGCCUCAGUUUUGUACAAACUUGUGACAUACAUAUACAUACAUAUCAUUAAUACCAGAGGUCCACAAAACCA